ACUGUUGCCAUUUGAUUGAAAUAAACUGUAUCUAACUAGUAGAGAACCUUAUAGUUGACAUUAGUCGUAGUAGUCAUGCUAAGGCUUGAUAGGCCGCAUAUAACCUGCAAAUGAACUAUCAUAGUGAAAUUUGUAGUGUAAGCAAUGUAUCUAAGGAAUAAUCACUUAUCUAAGGAAUGUACCUGUUGGCAAGAACCUAAAUGUCAAGAAGAUAACAGUACCAGGCGAUAGAAUUAAGUAAGAUGUUGUAGUGAUUAAGAAAUCAUGUAAAGAAACAUAUAAAAACCCUGUAAAUUUUCUGUAAGAUGGGGCUCUGAUCUUGGACGCUAGUCCACGGCUCCCAGGGCCCUCAAUAAAGCACCGCAUAAACAACUUUGGUUGUUUGUGUUUUCUUCGGAUCGGGCAACAGUUUUCUGGCGACCGCGGCAGGACUCCGAAGGCAGCUGGGGCGGUUCGCGUUUCGAUCCACUCCACGCCGGCACCGAGUGAUUCUCGGGGAGUCAUCGGCUCGUGCCCGACCCCUGCGCCUGGCGGACGACUGCGAAAGGGGAACCUUGCAGUGGAACCGACCCAUGCCACUGGAAAAUCCGGUGCAUGACAUUCAACCAGGAGACCAAGUGUACGUGAAAAAUUGGUCCACCCACCCCUUGAAGGAAGCAUGAGACGGCCCGCAUCAAGUGAUCCUGACAACCUACACGGCAGUAAAGGUCGAAGGAAUCGACUCAUGGAUCCAUUACACUCGGGUCAAGAAAAUCCCGGUGCAAUGGGGGGCACAGUUAGUCUCUCCCACGCGGAUGAUUUUCCACAAAAAGUAGCAUUUUUAAUUAUAUUGUUACUGGUGUUGACGAAACCCAUCCGUGUUAAUGGUUCUGAUUUUAUUGUAGUUGCAGUUACCGAACCAGUGGUCGGUGUCAUGGAAGGAAUGGAUGUGAACCUGACCUGUGUAAUAACAAAUAACCAGAAAACUGAAGCCCGGAAUGUGCGAGCAAUCUGGAAGAAAGGUGCUGAUUAUCCGGAAGCAAAUGCUACUACAGUUUGGGAUAAGGAUGCACAGAAAGGAAACACCACAUUACAGCUGAAGCGAGUCAGUCAAAAGGAUAUGGAAAGGUACAUGUGUAUUGUAAAAUCCCGGAAAAGCUUUGAUUAUAAACAAAUUACAUUGAGAGUAGUGCCCUGGAAGUUGUGGAAGGAUGCUCCAUCCCAGGAAUCUGUAGAGAUAGAUCCCCCUUGGGCUGGACAAGAUAUGUGGGAAGGAUUUCCCUUGAAGAUGAGUUGCCCAUUCAUGUUGAAACAGGGAUGUAAUCAGACUGUGCAGGUCAAAUGGUGGAAAGAAAACAAGCCAAAGUCAUGGGAUAAGAUAGACCGAGGAAUUAGCUGGUGGGAGAAAUCUGGAAAAGGUAUAGGAUGGUUGAAUAUUAGUAACCCUCAAAUUGGUCUUACUGAAGGAAAAUACUUGUGUUUAGUGAUAUGUGGAAUUGAGGCCGAUUAUGGAAUAAGAAUUGUAGAAGCUGGACAAGGAACCAGACCCCCUCACAUAGUACCCCCAACAGGAAAGAGGCGUAGAGAAGUAGCUGUACAUCAAAGUCAUGAACGGGAAAAUCUGAUAAUAGGGCUGAUUAGAGAUUUUGGGAUGGUGCAAAAUGUAUCCCGAAUCACAGCAUGCCUGCCACUUCCACAAGCGGCGGGCGAACCAAUUCCAUGGGGAAUAAUUCCCAUUCCAUUACCACAUGAGAUAGCAGAAAAUAUAUCCACUGUAUGUCACAUUGAAAGAAAAGAAAAAGAAAUAGUGACUGUCAAAAAGAAUGUCUGGAACGCAGCCUUGUAUGCUACCGAAGAUGUAGAAGUUAGAACAAAGCAACCUUACCAGGAAGUUAAGUAUGAAAAUGUAAGCCAGCAACAAGUUAUUUGGGACAAUUGGAAGACUGUAUGGGGUCCGAGCUUACUCGAACACUACAGUUACAUUGGAGCAGUAAGUUGGUGUAUACAAUGGACAGGAAAGAAAAAUAAAACCCUGUUAGAAGUCUACAAGACUGAAACAUCUACGAGAGAAAUUAAAGAAGCUAGAGAAAAUUGGAAUUGUACUAAUGUCAUUACAUGUGAUACCCCUGAAAAUCAGAUCAAUUUGGCUCCUCUUAGAGUACUACUUAAGUGGGGAUGUGAAUGCAGGAGAUUCAAUCAUACAAUACUAGACAAAGUAAACUCACUCUGGAGUAACGGAAUUAGGAGAGCUGUAAGCUGCCAGGACACUACAAUUAAAAGUCCAGGGAACUUAGUUUGGGUAAUAGGACAUGGACAAUGGACCACUCAUAUUCCUAUAGAUGGGCCUGUGACACAAAUUACUCUAGGAAUCCCUACUCUUUGUCCCCUAUGGAAACAAUCAAAACUGAAAUCCAACCGGAAGAAAAGAGAAGUAGAUGCAUUCACGGAGUUAGAAAAUGAAUGGCACGAACCUGAUGGCGGAGUUAAAUUUGGGUGGGCUUUAGAAUCACUAUUUGCACCUAUAGCCACUUAUAGGAACAGAGAGAUGCUGUACAAAUUGUUAGGGCAGACUGAAAGAUUGGCAGCAGCCACCAAAAAAGGAUUCAAGGAUAUAAAUUUGCAAUUACAAGCCACAUCCCGAAUGACUUUGCAGAACAGAAUGGCACUGGAUAUGCUCCUGCUAAAAGAGCAUGGUGUGUGUCAGUAUCUAAAAACAAGAAUAGAUCAUUGCUGCAUCCAUAUUCCAAACAUGACUAUUGAAGUAGAAAAAGAUAUCUCUCAAUUAGAAAUCGUUGAAUCCAAAACAAAAGAUAUUGAAAAGGAAGCACAACAUAAUUAGAUUGGAAAAAUUUUUGAAUCUUUAGGGCUUCAGGUUUCUGGAUGGGUUUCGUCUGUAAUACAGUACAUUCUGUUGAUUUUAAUUCUGUUACUAACUGUUUGGCUAGCAUAUAAGUGUGUUCUAGGAGUCAUUGAAAAGGAGACAAAACGCACCAGAAGAGUAAUGAAAGCCUUGACAAGAACCAACGAGAUGCAACUGUCUCACUUGACUCCUCCGAAGUAUGAAGAUGUUAUCGGGCAAGAGAAUCCAGCAUUUGAAGACCCGAUAACAACUGAAAAUUGAGCAUCCUUGCAGAAGACUGAAGAAUGCUCAAAAGGGGGGAAGUUGUUGCCAUUUGAUUGAAAUAAACUGUAUCUAACUAGUAGAGAACCUUAUAGUUGACAUUAGUCGUAGUAGUCAUGCUAAGGCUUGAUAGGCCGCAUAUAACCUGCAAAUGAACUAUCAUAGUGAAAUUUGUAGUGUAAGCAAUGUAUCUAAGGAAUAAUCACUUAUCUAAGGAAUGUACCUGUUGGCAAGAACCUAAAUGUCAAGAAGAUAACAGUACCAGGCGAUAGAAUUAAGUAAGAUGUUGUAGUGAUUAAGAAAUCAUGUAAAGAAACAUAUAAAAACCCUGUAAAUUUUCUGUAAGAUGGGGCUCUGAUCUUGGACGCUAGUCCACGGCUCCCAGGGCCCUCAAUAAAGCACCGCAUAAACAACUUUGGUUGUUUGUGUUUUCUUCGGAUCGGGCAA